AUGGCGGAGGCUGCAGGGCCGACGCCUCUCCUCGACGGCCUCCCCGACGAGAUCUCCAUCUGGGAGAUCCUCGUCCGCCUGCCCCCCAAACCCCUCCUCCGCUGUCGCGCCGUCUGUCGCGCCUGGCGCCACGCCACCUCCGCCCGCGACUUCCUCCUCGCCCACCACGCCCGCCAGCCCUCCCUCCCCCUCCUCUUCGUCGACGCCGACGACCAAUCCUCCAUAGACAUCAUCACAUACGACCAACGCGCAGCCGACAAGCUCCACUCCGUCGCCCGACUUGACGCCCCCUCCGGCGUCUCUCUCAGGGCCUGCUGUGACGGCCUCCUCCUCUUACGCACCUGGAAUAAGAGCGCCCCAUCUCUCUCCAUCUGCAACCCGGUCACUCGUCAAUACGCUCCCCUCCACCGGCUCGAUGGCUUCAGGCUCUUGGGGAUGUACCCGCACAGCCCUACGGGCCAGUACCGACUACUGCUGUACCUGGCCCCGAGGUUCGAGGACGAUGCUCAAAGAGGUUCCUACGUCUUCACAUUGGGCUCCGACCAGCAGCCGAGGCACAUAGCAGGCCCUGAUGCCAAGGAACUCUUGUAUUUCCGCGGAUCUACCCUUUUCCGUGGUAGCCUGCAUUGGCACACGGACGGGCUGAUAAUGGUAUUUGAAACCACCGUCGAGUCGUUCCGUCAGAUGCACUCUCCAAUUGUUUCUGACCAUCGCAAUGGCGACCUGUUUGAGACGAGUGAUAUGCUUGGCAUGUUCAGUCUGAAUGCACAAGCUACAAUUGUUGAUAUCUGGGUGAUGCAGGACUAUGAAGGUGAAGUCUGGGCCUUUAAACGCCGGGUUGAAUUGCCGAUCGCAGAGAUCAUGGUGCAAUUUCAAAAUUCUGGAGAUUGUUGGGAGCUGAUGCCUGCAUCUUGUUAUGGUGAUGUGCUCUUGCUGGCCAAAUUUGACGACGACUGGCUACUUCAGGUUGACAUUGAUGGCAAGUUGGUUGCUAGUCUCCACCUCAGUUUCCUCCGUCCUACUCGACUUCGGCUCAAACAGUCUCUAGUUUCACAUAACUUGUUUAUGGCACUAGAGGGUUAUGUUAUCAAUUCUUCGCCUUUCAUCUGA